AAGGUCAACGGAAGUGCGCACACACGGAUGUCAGCAAACGCGCCAACAAAGAAUAGUGUCAGUGAAAUAAAAUAAAAAAAACUGACAUUUUCCUAUAAAAUCUGUUCAUUUAGCUAGCUACACAGUUUACACUAGGUCGUAUGCCGAGUCAGUCACGUAACACGACAGAGGAAACAGCAGUUGCUUCAAGCUCAGGAAGCAUGGAUGAAAAGCCUGGGUCAUCAAAUACUAUGGCAGCAGACAGCUCUGUCGACGUGAUGGCGGAGGCAAAGAAGCUGAUCGGCGCAGGGAACAGGCACCUGGUGAUGGGAGAUGUCGUUUCUGCAGUCCAUGUGUUCCAGGAGGCUUGUGGCAUGCUGGCUGCGAGGUAUGGGGACACCGCAGAUGAGUGUGGAGAGGCCUUCUUUCUGUGUGGGAAGUCUCUACUGGAGCUUGCCAGGGUGGAGAACACUGUCCUAGGUAAUGCUCUUGAGGGAGUCCCUGAGGAGUCCUCUGAGGAGGAAGGAGAGGGAGAGAAGCUGGACAACUCAAAGAUUGAGAGUGCUGACAACUUGGAAGAUGAUGACGACGAUGAAGGGGAAGGCACUGGUGAAGACAAAGAGGAGGAAGUGGGUAACCUGCAGCUGGCUUGGGAAAUGCUGGAGGUCGCUAAGGUCAUCUACAAAAGAAAGGAGAACAAGGAGGACCAGUUGAUGGCUGCCCAGGCCUAUCUGAAGCUGGGAGAAGUUGGAGCAGAAUCUGGUAACUACUCUGCAGCUGUGGAGGACUUCCAGGACUGCCUGUCCUUGCAGCUGAAGCACUUGCCCCCCCACAGCCGCCUGGUGGCCGAGACCCACUACCAACUGGGCAUGACCUACUGCAUCACAGGCCAAUACAGCCAGGCCAUCCAGCACUACAGCAGCUCAGUCAAAGUCAUUGAGAGCCGCCUGGCCAUGCUCCAGGAGGUGAUAGACAAGGCGGAAGGUGAAGACGGAGCCAAAGAGAAGAUAGAGCUGGAGGACCUGAAGCAGCUGCUGCCUGAAGUCGCUGAGAAGGUAGAGGAUGCCAAGGAGAGCCAGAGUAUGGCAGGAUCAGCCUCUGUGGCCAUACAGCAGACAUUGGCUGGAGCUUCUACUUUGUCAGCAUUCCCGUCCUCUUCCUCAUCAGCGUUUGCAGAUAAUGGUGGACCUUCAUCUUCCUGUUCAUCAGCAUUUGGAACCAGUCAGAUUUCUGUCAGAUCGGCAGCCGAUGGCGCAUCACCCUCCAAAUCUGCAUCAGACAUUUCCCACCUGGUCAGGAAAAAGAGGAAAACGACUGAGAAGAGCCCCGUAAAGGACACUGAUGCUAAAAAGACCAAGCAGGAAACUACAGUUAAUGGCAGCGGCGAUUCCGGCUCUGGCAGUAAUGGAGUCCAGGAGAAAGGGGCACAGGAGCCCGGCAAGCUGUCCGCCUCUGGAAUCCUCGGUGUGAAGUAACUUCCUCUCCCUGAUCUUCCAGCCAGCAGAGAAAGGCCUGCCCCUUACGCCCAUUUACACUUUUGUUUCUGUAAAUAUGACAAUUUUUCACAUUUGUUUGUCUAGUUUUUGUAUACUUGUUGUAAUAAAAGUUCAUUAGAGUA